AUGCGAGAAUAUUGUCUUUAAGAAAAUACCUUACUCUCUAAUGAAGCAAGGUUAGUAUUAAAAUCUCCUAAGAAAAUGUCAAAUCAUUAAACAUCACUUAUUUUGAAAACAGCCCUUCUCGGUAAAAUUGUGAUGUAUAUCAUCUUGAUUGUAAGUGGUAUAGCUUCUUUAUUUGAUAAUCUAGAAAUUUUAUGGAAUCUCCUUGAUAUACUAUAAUAAUUAUCAUAUAUGAAAUUUCCAGAAAACUUAUAAAUCUAGUUAGAAAUAUAUAAAAUUGGUUCUUUUACUCCAAUAAUUUCUUAUAAACAGAUAUAUAUUUACAAAAUUUAUUUGAUUGUCAAAAUUCCAAUCAUACCAGCUAAAUGGAUAUAUCAAGAGUAUGAAAUAAUUGUUACUUUUUGUAUAACUUUUUAACAUUAGUCACUCUAAGUAUAUUUGGAUUUGCUUAUUUUUAAUUUCAUUUUGCUUCUAUAAAUCCUUGUUGUUAUUUCAAAUUACAAUUGACCUGCUAUUUUUUACAGUAGUAAAUCAGAAAGCUUAUUUAAAGUUGUCAGAUCUAUUUUCUCCUUAUAGAAAUUGGAAAGAAAUAAUAUUAGUAAUUUACAUACUCUGGAUUAAUCAGAAUCCUUACAUCUUACUUUUAUGAAUUAACUUUUGCAUCAAUUUUAUAAAUUGCCAAUUACAAUAUUGAUACUACUUUAAAUGCAACCAUUCAUUAUUAGCACUAAUUACAUUUCAAUUAAAUCUAAUCCUCAUAAUGUUAUUUUUUUCUUAUUUAAGUAAAAAAGAUAAAGUAAACAAAAAACUAUCUGGCUUAGUGGAAGGAAUAAAUGUUGAAUAAGGAUCUAAACAAUAUUUUACUAUAUUGUUGAUAAAAAAAACUUUAAUCAUUGUUAAUUUAGUUGUAUUAUAAGAAUAUGCGGCUGCUUAGAGUUUAAUUACAGCUUGUUUAUCAGGAUUAUUUUUUUGUUAUUUUUAUAUUUAUAAACCUUUUGAAAACACUUAUGAAAAUAUGAAAAUAUUCAUCACAGAAAUUCUAAUUAUGCUUAAGGUUAUACUCUUUUCUGGUUAUGCUAUUCUAAAAUUCAAUUAAAACAAAGACCCAGCCGAAGUUUUAUGUUUGAUUAAUGUGAAGUAUCAAUUAUAAAAAAACAUUUAAUAAGUAGAUUUACUAUAGGUGGUUCACAUUAAUGCUUGUUUCACCUUGUUCAUUUAGAUUCACUAAUAAUUAUUAAAAUAUACUCAUUCCUCUUUGCAUAUAUAUUCUAGAUGGAUAAAAUUUCGAUUAACUUUCAUUAAAGGUUUUAUUAACUAGAAUUUAGAAUUUUAAGAACACCAAUAUUAAAUCUAUUUGA